UAUUACAAUCACAAUCUUAAAUCUCAAAUGUCUUCAAUUUUCAAGCUUCUCUCACUCACUGUAUUCCUUGCACUCGUUUUCCAAGCUUAUGGGAUGUGCACUUUGAGUGACAUUAGCAUUAAGCAUUACGAAACACAUGACUUUGCACAUGGCAUGCCAGUGUGGAGAGUUAGCAUAACCAACAAUUGUGGCUGUCCUCAAUCACAAGUGAAGCUUAAUUGCACUGGAUUUCAAUCAUAUAUUGGAAUUGAUCAAGCACUCUUGGCUGUUUCUGAUACUGAGUGUCUUGUCAAACAAGGAGCACCUAUUCCUGCUGCUCAAUCUGUCUUUUUUCGCUAUGCGUGGCUUCCAAAGUUUAAAUUUGAACCUAUUUCUUCCAAAAUUGGAUGUACUUAAUUAGGAUUAGUUAGGGCAAAAUUGUAACUUAUUAGGAUUGAAUAAGAAAAGCUCUGAAGCUUGUAUUACCAAUGUGGCAAACUGGCAAUAUAUAUGACAAAUCAAAUCUACCCAUAUAUCUUAAUUUCAG